GAGAUGAGCUAAUGACACCCUUGCCUUAAAACUGUGUGGGUUCUUCUCACAUACACAGAUCACCCCACACGACCAUCUGGGUAUUUGGGAGGCCGUGAAUUGUCACCGAGGAGUGGUUUCUUGAAGUCGCGGUGUGUGAUUGUGACUGGAAAAUAGAGAAGUAUUUUAUGUAUAGGUCUCUAAGAGGCAAGAGAUGGCUUUGGUAAAAAAGCGGUUGGGUUCGUAAAGGACGUGGUAAGAAGAGAAUUUAAGGCACCACCGGCAGAGAGAAACUGUUGGGAGUGUGUUUGAUGCCCUGUCUUCCCGAACGUGCGCUUUUCUGUCUUCUUCCGAGCUGAUUGACCCUCUUCAGCCUCCGUACGCAGUGGGUCCAAAGUGCCGGUCAAAAUGGAAGUGAAUCCCCCCAAACAGGAGCACCUGCUGGCCCUGAAAGGUCCUGUUUCCCUCUGAUUUGGAAAGAGAGAGAGUCUUGUAAUUAUAAAUUGCAUUCUAGCUCUGAGGAGCUCAGCUAAGAAAUAUUCUCUUCAUUAAGAGUAACUGGAUUACUGCAGAAUGACUACAGAAGUAAUAUUACAUUAUCGACCAUAUGAGAGUGAAACCACACAACUGCCAAAAAUUGCAGAGAAAGCAAUUCAAGACUUUCCUACACGUCCACUAUCAAGAUUUAUUCCUUGGUUUCUGCCUGAUGGGUCCAGACUUCCACUCAAACCUAAAAGAUUACCACCUGUGAUUUCUGAAGAGGCAACUGAAGAUGUGAGACAGUACUUAACCAUCUCAGAACAUGAUAUUAAAUUGCAGAGUUAUGAUUGCACAGUAGAUCUACUGGAGUUUCAACCUAAUUUGAAAAAAAAGAAGCACUUAAUCCAAUCACACACACUGAAUGAACAGACUAAUUCUGGAAGUCUGGAUAAACAAUCAGAAAAAGGAAAACGGCACAAGAAGAGGUCUUGGAGUGUUUCACUUCCCAGCAGUAAUUGUACUGAAAAUAUUUUUCCUUUGUCUGAAAAAUUGCAAGAUAGUUUAAAGGCACUAAAUUUGCACUCAUUUUAUAGAGCAAGAUGGACAAUAGAGCACACUAUUUGUAACAACCAAACUCUGGAAGACAUUUGGGCAAAACUCAAUCGAAUUAUCAGGUGCAAUGAACUUCCAUCUUGUAAUGCUACAAUUCAGAGACAUUUAGGCCAGAUAUGGGUGUUCUGUGAUGUUAUGUACUGUGAAUAUGUGGGAAAUCUUCUUAAAGGAAGAUUAGCUCUUACUGGGAAGAUUAACUUAUUUGUGCAUAAAUAUGGUGUUAUUUUUAGUAUGUAAUGAAUUCCACUAAUUGUCAAAAAGAAAAAUAUUCUGAAUGAACUGAGUAGGAACUGAAACAGAUGAAUAAAUUUUUAAUUGUGUGGUAAUAUAUGUACAGUUUGUAUCCCAGAAAUAAAUACCAGGUGAAUUCCUAGGCUUGUCACUUAAGUCAGGAACUUGCUGCGUUUUACUUUGAGCAGCCUUCUUUUAAAUGAAUUGUGAUAAAUUAUUAUUUUUACUGAAUUUAAAGGUAAAAUGUUCUAUUCCUUUUGUUCUGUUACUUUUCC